GAAGGAAGGAAGGAAGGAAGGAAGGAAGGAAGGAAGGAAGGAAGGAAGGAAGGAAGGAAGGAAGGAAGGAAGGAAGGAAGGAAGGAAGGAAGGAAGGAAGGAAGGAAGGAAGGAAGGAAGGAAGGAAGGAAGGAAGGAAGGAAGGAAGGAAGGAAGGAAGGAAGGAAGGAAGGAAGGAAGGAAGGAAGGAAGGAAGGAAGGAAGGAAGGAAGGAAGGAAGGAAGGAAAUGUCCUAUCCUAUACUAAGUUUUUUAUUCUGUCAGCAAAAAUAGAGAGGAAACUCACAUCAAAGCAUAAAGCAGACAAUAUGAAUAUCAAGAAAUUAAAAUUCUCACAAAGAAACGCACAGUCCACAUCAAUAUCAAAUAUUACCAAAAUAAAGAAUAGUUUUGCAUUUAUGUAUCCAAAACUGACCUCUUUACUGCAGGUUAUCAAGGGCCACAAGAACCCAGUUCCUGAAGCCUGACCCUGAUCAAACAGGGUUCGCUCACAAAAGCACAACACUCUCCACUGCACAAAAACAUCUCCGCUCUUUGUGUCACCCAACACAGCCCCCCUGAACCAACAUUCAAAUACUCAAGAGUGACACUGGCCCCGGGUAAGGGGAUACCCAGCACAUUUACAUGCCUGCACCUGCCCUGCUCCCCACAGCACCAACACCAAAAUCCCCCCAGCAGCAGCAGCAGGAGCUCUAUAAAGCUCCUCUUGCCAGCCCUGACACUGCACCAACAGCAGCCACUGACCUGCCUCAGCCACUGCUGCCACAGCCCCUUGGCCAGCACAGCUCUGCUCCCCAGAUCCCACCAUGGAAGCUCGUCACUCUCCACAGCAAUACAAUGUCACUUCCUAUGGGACCAUAACUGUGGCCAUCAUCACCCUGGAGGCGUUUGCUGGCAUGUGGAUAAAUGCUUUCAUCGUUUGUGUGCUUUGCAUUGGCUGGUUCAAAAAGAAAACCUUGAACUCAAAUGAGAAGAUCUUGCUGCUGCUGGGAUGCUCCAGGUUUUGCUAUUUGUGUUUCACAUGGGUAUACUGUUGCCUUUCAAUAACUUAUCCCAAUUACCUUUAUGUUCAAAUCACAUUUCAACUUAUUAUAUUUUUUCAAAGCUCUUUUACUUCUUCCAACUUGUGGGUCUCUGCCUGUCUUUGUGUAUUUUAUUGCAUAAAAAUUGCCAAUUUCAGGAACAGCUUCUUCAUCUACCUGAAAGUCAAAAUUGACAGGAUGGUGCCCUGGCUCUUGUUGGCAUCAGUGCUUUCAGCCUUGGCUAUCGGCAUCAUUGCCUAUGACCUCGCUGAUACAAAGCUCAGUAACAAACACAAUUCCACUGGACAAGGAAAUUUUCCAACAAUGAGUGGCAAAAUGAAUGAAAGUUUUUUCCACCUGUAUUUUAUCUAUGGCUUUGGAGUUAUCACUUCUUUCACAGCAGUCAUCUCUUCUGCACUUCUCCUUCUCUUUUCUCUCUGGAGACACAAACGCAAGAUGCAGAAAAACUCCAUGAACAACCUCAGCAUGGAAGCCCACAUCAAAGCCAUGAAAUCCAUUCUCUCCUUUUUUAUAAUGUAUAGUAUAAACUUUAUAUUUCUGAUGCUGUCACUAAUUCCUUCACAAAAGGAAGAAAGUUAUAUGGCAUUUCUUAGUUUAAUAUUUCCGUAUGCUUUUCCAGGUGUUCAUUCCCUUAUUGUGAUUUUCAGCAAUCCCAAGCUGGAAAAGACACUGAUAAGGAUUCUCUCCUGUGUCAAGUGCAAGGAUUGCAUGAGGUAGGAACUGUAAUA